AUGGACACUCUCGUGGCUCAGUACAGCCGCCCGGCUUUCCAACGCAACGAACCCUUCUCAGAUCAGGAUGAGCUCGAUGCCAUCGAUUCUGUUCCUUCUCUCUCUCUCAAGUUUGCCAUGCCGCCUGUAGCACACCCUUCAUCCUGGCUUCGCGCUGCCACAGACGACCGAUCCAACCCCGACUGCCCUAUCAAGAUUGCCCACGGAACGACUACCCUCGCCUUCCGAUUCCAAGGUGGUAUCAUCGUCGCGACCGAUUCACGUGCGACUGCAGGCAACUGGAUCGCCUCUCAGACUGUCAAGAAGGUCAUCGAGAUCAACUCUUGUUUGCUGGGCACCAUGGCUGGUGGUGCUGCCGACUGCCAGUACUGGCUUGCGUGGUUGGGCAUGCAGUGCCGCCUGCACGAGCUCCGACACAAGCGUCGCAUUUCAGUCGCGGCUGCCAGCAAGAUCCUCGCCAACCUGGUCUACCAGUACAAGGGCAUGGGACUGAGCAUGGGCACCAUGUGCGCUGGCGUGACCAAGGAGGAGGGGCCUGCACUGUACUACAUCGAUUCCGACGGCACAAGGCUGGCAGGCAACCUGUUCUGUGUCGGCUCCGGUCAGACAUUCGCCUACGGUGUUCUUGAUGCCGAGUACAACUAUGAUCUGAGCGUGGAGGAUGCCCUUGAGCUGGGUCGCCGAAGCAUACUUGCGGCGACGCACCGAGACGCCUAUUCUGGUGGCUUCAUCAACCUUUAUCACGUCAAGGAGGAGGGAUGGGUCAAGCACGGUUUCAGUGACACGAACCCCAUCUUCUGGAAGACGAAGCUCGAGAAGGGCGAGUUCACCAACGUGACAAGCGAGCUGGACUGA